AUGACGCUUUUUAGUCCGACCACGGUCCUCGUGGGCUUCCUCCUCCUUUACCUCUCCUCCUUCCUUAUCUUCGCUAUCGUUCGUAUUGCGACCGGGAUCUCGAUUCAACGAAUAGGAUAUUUUUCUCUCCGCCGCAUUGCCUAUGUUCCCCGAGAUGGCGUCCAGAUCGAACUCCGUGGCCUCGGCCUAUCUCUACACCCGCCCUCGUUUGCGCAACCAACAUGGCUCAGCAUUCGCCUGACCGAACUAAAAUUGACUUUGGACCCUUCAGCUUUGGCAAAGGGAAAGAAGUCCACCACAAAACCCGAUGCAUCGGUUUCGCAACCCCCGUUGGAGAAAGAGUCGUCCACCGAGCCGGAUAAUCGGGAAGACAGCUCUUCCAUACCCAAGCGGAGCAAGACAUGGCGGAAGCUGACACAUAUGAAGGAGCAAGUGAAGCGGCUGCAUCGACAAAUACAUUGGUUGAAGUUGGUGGAUGUGGUAGCCGUCAAUACGACCAUCAAUCUCGUGGAAGCUGGUCAGAUCCAGGUUGGAUCUUUAUCCUUGGGCGUCGACACGAGGCGCAAGAUGGUGGAUCGAGGGAAACUCUUCUUUCGGCGCAAGAGUCAGGGCCCUGACGAACAUCGACCGGCAGAGUGGGUGAUGAAUGUGCAGAACGUGCUACUCGGGAUAGAUGGAGCGGAGCCAACCGAAGUGCUGGACAAUGUUCGGGUCAAUAUACAUGGGCUUCUUCACAAGGACCUUGAGGGUCUGAGAGAUGCGUCCAUCGCUUUCAAAAUUGGGCGCAUGCAUAUCCCGUACGAUGAUGUGAUGACUCUGAUGCAGCGCGUCAAACAGUCUCGCCAGUCGUCCCCCGGAAGCCGAGACGACACCAUUGUACAAGCAGUCGCCGACUCCAAAGAGUUUGCCGGGUCAAUCCUUCGCGGAAUACAAGGAAUACAGGUGGCCCUGAGCUUCUUUAGGUUAACUCGAGCUUUUGAGCCGCCUUCGUCAAAACAGAAUCCCGUGUAUCUGAAUGUGGUAUCGCAUGAGCUAGGCGUCGAUCUGCACCGAAUGGAUCAGAAGAGUCCUGCUCAUCGCAUGUAUUUCCAACGCGAUGAUCUCGCCCAUCAAGCUCUCUUGGCGGCCAUCUCUUUGUCGGUCACCUUGGACGAUUGCUCAGGCGAGACGGAGAACAUACUAUAUAUCCCAAUGGCGACCACAACAAUCAAGACCACGCUCCCUUCAAAGACGAUCAGCUCCUUCGAUGACCACAACCCGGAGGAGCGCAAUACCAACAUACUAUUUGCUAAUCUGGUGGUGACGUCCCCAUCACUCGAUCUAGAGCCAAAGCAGGUCUCUCGGCUCCUAGGGUUGACUCAGGCGAAGAAGGCGUCUCCUCGUGGAAAGAAGAGAGAUAACCAUCGUUUGAUUUCUAGGCUUCUUCCCAAAGCCAGCAUCAAAGUAUCGGUUCACGAACCUGUGGUUCGAUUCGUCCUCCCUAUUUCCAAGCCUUCCGACACCCCUGACGACGAUUAUAAUCUACUAAUUUCCUCUAUUUCCUCUAUAUCUCUUGACAUUGAAUCUUCACAUUCGUCUGAAGGCGGGGUUCACUAUUCGCUCUCUUCCAUUUACCGGGUGGCAUCGCAUCAGCUGUACUACCAAACUCCGUCCGGCGUUAAACAUAAUCUCUUGACGACUGAAAGCUUGGAAUUCAAGGUGUUACUUAGUGCUUCGCCAGAAGUACGCGUGAUUGCAUCUGGAAGCCUGAAUACCUGUUCUGCACACAUGGUUAACGAUGAAGUGAACCGUGGCAUUCAUCAGGUGCUCGAGCAGUUCCGGGCUCAAACGCGGCAUAGAAGGAAGGCCUCUAUGUCAUUCGAAGAGCGGAAACCUAGUGUUCUCAGGCGAAUCCCGCCAUGGUUGCUUCGAUGCCAAUUUGAAGCCACUGGCCUCAGCUUAGAAAUUGCUGGUGUUGACACGAGUGUCUCUGAGGUCUCACGCGGUGUCUCAUUCCAGCUACAAUCUCACUCUUACAUUGGAGAUGAGUCGUCCUUCCGGUUUCCGCCCACGUCGCCUCCGAGACAGAAACAAGUGGGCGCCACAGAUGGCAGACGACUAGCCCUCCACGUCCGCGGCUUUGAGGGAUUUGUCAUUGAAUCCGAAGACUACUUGGAGGCCGAACCCUUCUUCUCACUACCGAGAUUCGAGGUGGCCCUAAGCACGAUGAGUGAUCGUCUUGGUCCGAUUAGUAACGUCAACUCUGUGUUCAAGGGCGUCUACCUACAAUACUCCCUAUACCGCUAUUAUUGUCUCGGUGUCGCGAUGUCUGUGGUCCAGGAUGCCUUCAUGCGAAAGUCACCGGAUAUGCCCGAAACGCCCAUGUCCCCUGUUCAGAAGGAAUUCACCUACCCCCCAUCACCACGUCCGUCCGCGAGGGGCGAGCUCAUGACAUUUGAUGUCCGAGCAACUGUCAUACAGCUCAAGACUUUCAUGCCUGCCGAUCCUCCAAUGUUGGUUCAAAUUUACGGCCUGACCGCUGGCUCGCAUCGCCUCUCCUCUCCAUUUGUGAAAGCACAUCUCAUUCGGUUACAUGCAGAAGCGCCAAAGCUCAAAGGUGUGUGGGCCAGAAUAAUAAGCAUGAACAACGUUCGCCUUGAUUUGCGCAAAAUGAAACUCAAGCAUGGUACCAAUCUUGUCGAGCAAAGGUCCAUCGAUGUCUGGGCUGAUUUCAUUCGUUUGGGUGUACCACACCACAUGGUAAUGCAUCGCAUUUUUGACAACGUGAUCAAUACCUCAAAGGCACUCAAGCAGCUUCAUGAACGCUUCAAGGGCCACUCGUCUGAAUUCGGAUCAGUCAGAGAACCGGAAGAGCCCAAGAAGAUUCCUAGAGUAUCGUUACGCAGCAAGGCUUUACUGUUCGAGUUGGAAGAUGAUGCUUUCGAGUGGAAACUUGGCUGCAUUUAUCGCACCGGCCUCAUAGAACAGCGCCAGCGCUUGGCCCGCGAGGAGGCAUUCGAGCUGAAAUUACAAAAGAUCAAGGAAUCGGAUCAGCGCCGCUCUUCAUCCAGACUACGGGCUCGAUCAAGUCACCGGACACUUCGUAGUGAACGUGUUAGCGGAGAGACAAGGAGGAGUAAGAGUGCCGACUCUAAACCGCGGAAGAGCUUGCAGGAUGACAAGCGUGGCCGGGGAAAGAAAUUCCGCUAUGAUACCGAGGGAGCUGCCUGCCUGUCUUGCGAAGCCAAGGUUUCAGCUGAUAAUGCCUGGUUUCGUCUCCAAGAACACAAUUCACGGUCCUGGAAGGAUAAGAUCGAUUCUGCCUUACGAUUCCAGGGCACGUCGAUCAAGGAAGUGCGAAACCUUUUCUCAGGUGCUGAUGAGCCCCCCGAAGAUGUCCAAGAAACGGAAACUGUCCUCUCCAUUCCGAACAGACCUGCUCUAUUGGCUGCUUUGAUAAGUGACAUCAACCUUGUCAUCGACAAACCUUUCUUCCCCUUGGAAGAUUAUCCCAAGUUCCUUAACACAAUCGGCAAAGGCAUGCCGAUGUCCAUGAAGUAUGCGUUACUUGUUCCCAUGAGUAUUCAGCUGGACAUGGGAGAGGCGCGCGUCAACCUGAGAGACUACCCCUUGGAUUUGCUACAUAUCCCAGCUUUGCGUCCUGGUCAAUCUCCAAGGCUGCCAAGCUGGUCUCUUCGAACCAACUUUGUAAUUGCCGAAGAAUAUCGUGACUAUAAGUCGGCCAGGCAAGUCAAACUCGAAUUGGUACCCUCUACGGAGCUGCCAGAUGGGACCACGAGCCCUCCUUUCGCAAUUGAAGUCUGGCGAUCUGUCUCUCCUGUCAAAACUUACUCUGACCCUACGAUCGAGAUCAAUACCAGCCUACCAACGAGCAUCUCAUGGGGCAUGUCUUAUCAGCCUGUGAUACAGGAUAUGAUGAAGAUUAUCGAAGGGUUUACCAAGACAGAAAUCGACCCCUCUGAUAGGGUUGGAUUCUGGGACAAGAUCAGACUUAGCUUCCACUCUCGGAUAAAUGUUGCAUGGAAAGAGGAUGGAGAUGUUCAUCUUCGUCUGAAGGGCUCGCGUGACCCAUAUGUGGUGACAGGAUUCGGAGGCGGGUUCGUCAUGUGCUGGCGUAAAGAUGUUAGAUGGGAAGUCCAUACUAGUGAUGAUCCCAAGGAAUUCAUGAGCGUCAGGAGUGGGGAGUACGUGCUGGCGAUACCAGACUACAGUCACGAGGCUCGGUAUAUGGCCGAAGCCACAGCGCAGGACUUGGAAAGUACAUCAACAUCGAGUGACCUGAAAAACGCCGCUCAUUUCAAGAAGGUUGUCAUGAAGCUUUCUGGUGACGUGAAAUGGGCUGCCGGCCUGGUAUUUGAGCGUAACGUGGACGAGGGCCAACGAUCGUUUGAAUUUAAACCGCACUACGAAGUUGUAGGCCAAAAUCCCGUACCAAGACGAUUUCAAGCAGCUAAUUUGGGGCAGACCUAUGAUGCCUACCGCGGGUUCCGCAGCAACCAUAUCCACUUGUCAAUUUCCGUUGUUGCUCCUGAAAGCAGGAAUUGGUCCGUUGACUCUGUCCAGCCGUCUGCAAGCUACAACACCGUUCACUUGACCCCUCGGUUCUUCACACACUUCUUCAACUGGUGGUCUCUCUUCUCGGGUGUUAUGUCACUCCCUGUCCGACAAGGACCACUGUGGCCUGGCAUCACCAAGACAAGCAAGAAAUUCAACCGUCACCUGGCCACUGUAAAGUAUCAGUUGCUUUUCGCUCCUUUGUUUGUGGCUCACAUCUACAAGCACAAGGACCGUGAAGACUAUGCUGAGGAUGUCGUGACUGCAACAGGCAUCAAGGUCCGGUUGGAUAGCCUGAAACUUGAUGUACAUCAAAGACGGGAGGAAGUCAAGACUCUGGCAAAGGGUCGCCUCAAGCAAACAAAAGCAAGUGCGAUGCGGAUAAACCAAGCGGAAUUGGAUCUGCAGUCUGCAGAUUUCAGGGCUGUGUCAGCCAGUAUUGAGGGCACCAAUCUCGAUGACAUCGAGCAAAACAAAGACGACAUCAUAUCGUCCUUCCAACAGCCCGUGGCUUCCGUUGACCUGUCUCGAUUUACUAUUCCUGAUCAAAACCUUGAUUGGAUAGACAUGGACGAUUUUGUGGAGCUGGAUUGGAUACUGCCUCAAGAAUCAAACCCUCGAACGCAGAUUUUGCCUUUGGCGUUCACGCCGCGGUUUACCUAUUUCCGACAGACAGACCACGGCGAAAUCGCGCCUGAUGAAACGGGGUAUAGCACCUUUGGUGAUGAACCAACCCAUGAAUGCGUCAUGUCGGAGAAUAAUGAACCUCGUCGGGUACAAAUGGAGCUCAUCCGAGACCGACUUGCUGUCGUCGAGGCGCAGACUCGCGACUGUAGUCGUACCAUCGGCGAGCAGGAACUCCGUCUUGCCAAAGAGGUCGAUCCUGACCCCGCACUUAAGACUUUCGUCCAAGACAGCGCUUCCCGGAUGGGAACAGACUCCGACUCGACGAAUGAUGGCAAGGAGGCUGAUAUGGAUGGCUUAUACUCCACUCCUGACGAUGAUCUGGCAAGUGACUUCAACAACAGAUUCAUCAUCCACAACAUCCAGCUGAAAUGGAACAAUUCUCUGAGAAACAUCAUCCUGCGCUAUAUUCAUCAAGUCAGCCAGCGCCGGGGAUUUGUGUACUACAUGUCUCGCAGAGCUGUAAAGUUCAUUCUCGACAUUGUCGAUGAACAAAACAAGAACAAGCAAAAGCAUUCUAAACUGUUCCGGACUGCCUCAAGACGCCCAUCAGAUGCUGGCGGACUUGUCGACAGCGAGGAUGAUGACAGUAUCGAGGAUCGGAUCGAACAGUUGUUGAGUGAUGCAAAGCGCUAUGUGAAUGCAGAAGAGCAAGAGCAUCAUUCUGACCAAAGGAGACAUAGCGCCGCCAAGUCUGAUGGGUUCAGCGAAAAUAUCGCGCCGGAAUUCACACCUCAGAACAGCUACCAUCUGCGUCUCAUUGCUCCACAGAUUCAAUUGCAGAGUGAGAAGAAUCAGAAGUCCGUGCUGGUAGUCGCCGCGAAAGGCAUGCAACUCCAAGUCGUGUCAAUCAUGGACAAGGAGCGGGUGUCCGACGACGUCAGUGGUCUCGUGCAGCGUCGCUUUUCACUUUGCAUGGACGGUGCCCAGUUCUUCGUGGCUACGCAAAAGAGCCUGAUGAAUCAUUUGCAAUUCUAUGCUGGCAACAAAUAUGGAAAUCCCCCGGGAUCCGCAUGGCCACCCUGGCUAAACCUUGAGGCACUAUUCGAUUUCGAACUAAACCCGUUCGGCUUUUCAAGGAUCAUACAGAAGACUUCGGCUAGUCUGCGGUACGACAAGUACAACAACCUCCGCCUGAAGUACAAUGAGGAGGUGGCGAAGGGGCAAUCAGACCAACAGUAUAGUAUGCAAGAUACGGAACCGAGGAUGGACCAUAUUAGCGUCGACUUUCCUCACUUCCGUGCCAUUUGCGACUCCGCCGAGUACUACUCUAUGUACAUCAUCAUUCUUGAUCUUCUUCUCUAUAACGAGCCUCUUGAGAAGGUUCGAAACGAGCGUCUGGAGAGGAUCAUGCUCACAUCCGAUUUCAGUGAUCUGAGAGGUGCACCGGAGAUGGUUUUCAAGCUUCAGUCUCGCAUCCGACAGCUGGAAGAGAUCAAGGAACAUUUCCAGAUCCAUGCCAAGUACUUGGAUAAGCAAGGCUGGGAAGACCGGCUGGUGCUGGAGAAAGAUCUGACUCAAUGUGAGGAUGAGCUUUUCUUCUUGAUGAAGGCUAUUACCUCCUCUCAGAGGAAGAUUGACCCGAACAUGUCGAAGACACAAGGCGUCCUCCGCUGGAACAUUUCUGCAAGCGAAGUGGUGUGGCAUUUGAUGAAGGACCAGACAGAGCCGCUGGUUGAGUUCCAACUCAGGAAUGCUGAAUAUGACCGCACGGACAAUAGCGAUGGCUCGAACCAUAACCUAGUUGCAGUUGAACGAUUGUAUGGUCUGAACCUUCUUCCAGAUGCUAUCUAUCCUCAGAUCAUCGUGCCUUAUCUCGAUCAGGCCCGGGGUCUUAACGGCCCUGAUGAUUGCAUGAUCAAGGUGAAGUGGCAUAUGUUGGAGGCAGUUGCCGGUAUUCCUGUCUUGGACGACUUUGAGGUGUCCCUCUUCCCUCUCAAGGUUCAGUUGGAGCGGGAACUCGGCCAAAAGGUGUUCGAAUACAUGUUCCCUAAUGUCGGAUCUACGGCAUUCGAGAACGGCGGAUUCUCGCCGUUCAUGAUCAAAAACAUGAAGCCGCUCGAUGAUUCAUCUGAUUCUGAUGAAGAAGAAAGCCCGACCGCUCAUGCACACCAGGAUAACAUGGACAGUCUGCGCAUAUUGUCUAGGCAGCCCACAGAAAAAUCCGUCGCUAACACAUCGGGCGGUUCAGGAAAUAAUGAAGAGAAAAAGAAGUUCGCACUGGGAAGACUACCGAACAAGGGCAAAAAGGAGACUCCUGAUGAUCUGUCCCAGAUGAUGUCGCGCGCGUCAAAUUACAUGACGCUCGCCCAUGUCAAGGUGCAUGAUGUAGUGCUGUGUCUGAGCUACAAAGGCAAGGGAGAGCACAACAUAGAGGAUCUCCACGACUUUGUUUUCCGGUUGCCUGUCUUAGAAUACCGUAACAAAACAUGGUCGAAUCUUGACCUGGCCUUGCGAUUGAAGAAGGAUGUUAUCAAAGCUCUAAUCUCGCAUGCGCCUGCCAUCCUUGGGAACAAGUUCUCACACCACCGGCCUUCAAAGCAGCAGCAGAAACGAUACCGGGAGCUAGCCAGCUCAACCCAGCUUGUACACUACUCCGAUACCGCGGUGAAUGUGUCUGAUAAUGCUCAUAGCAUGGCCAGUGCAGACUCGAACAGCGAAUAUUCAGAGUCACAACGUUCUGGCAAGUCUGGCACAGGCAGUUCUCCGCUUGUGCGAUCAAACUCUCUCGGAUCCAGUAUGCUCCACGAGCCAAGCGGAGUGAUACCGGACUCUCGUUCUGCGAGCGAGGUUGACGUGGAUGCCCGCUGGGAGCAAUCACGCCGAAUCGUCAACCCACCCACUCGACCCAUGACUUCAGGCAAUGCUAUGCCCAGGUCACAGACAAUCAAGACCUGGGAUGAGCCGGAAGAAACAACUAGUCAUAAGACAUCCAUCCGCAAUUUUGGUCGGAAACUGAUACCUUCUCGAAAAUGA